CACAAACAGUAGAAACACAUUGACAGUGGAGUCUGACAGUUCACCGCAGCAGAGAGGAAGAAAGAUGAGAAUAUUCCAUGACUCCGCCCCUCGCCUUCUCCACCUGCUUCUACUGAUAGAGCUGUUCGUCCUUUCGUCGUCCCAUCCCAUUCACAGGUCGUCCCUCUGCAGCGUCUACAAGUCGAUGAGUCAUCAUGUGGACAGGUUGAUGGAUUCAGCCAAGAGACUUCAUGACUUGACGGACGAUGAGCUCAUAAACUUUGAGGGUGCUGAAAGUAAACUGGACUCUCUUCCUCACAUACCACACACUGCUGUGGAUCUGAGGACAAUAAAGGUGAACGAGUCUCUUGCCCGGCUCCUUAACUACUCCCAGUCCUUCCAGCUGCACGUGGACUGGUUAAAAACAGCCAGAGAAAAUGUCAGUUUGCCUUUCCAGCCAGCAGAGAGCGCCAGCACUCACCUCCUGCAGCUCUCCAAACUCAUUAAAACGUCUCUUCAGCAGAUCAAUGAAGAGGCUCCUCCACCGCCAUCUGCCUCCCUUCCUGUCGUCUCCUCGGCCUUCGAGGCGCUCCAGUUCUCCGUUGAGAUCUCUGGGAGGCUGCAGGGCUUUGGUCACUGGUCCAAAAGGGUGUUACAGCUCCUGCGGUCUCAGUCACACUGCCCGAGACAUUAA